UUUGUCAAAUUCGACUGUCAUUUUCACACGAAAGUGGGUGUUCGAUACGGUACUAGAUUUACCAAAUAAACAAUUAAAGUGUAACGAGAAAGAGUUAUGACCUCUUGAAACCUAGUCAUGGAGGGGCUGCCUUCUGGUGAUGUUCAAGCCAAAUAUCAAAAAUUAGCAGCAGAGUAUUCUAAGUUGAGGGUUCACGUGAAAGUAUUAAAGAAGGGUGUCCUAGAUGAACAAGCAAAGUCAAAUGAAUUACGGGAAGUAUUAAAAGAUAAAGAGAAAUCGUUAAGAAAAGGAGAAUUAGAGAUAGAUUCAUUAACGUUUAGAAACCAGCAAUUGACGCGGCGCGUUUCCGUCCUUCAAGAUGAACUUGAUCUUCUUCAGAAUAAGUUAACAAAGAAAUCUAAAAGUAAAGGAGACGAGAAGCAAGCAUCAACAAGCCAAGCACCCUCACUUGACUCAGGCCUCCUGCAAGAAGAGCUUCAGAAAAAGAUAAUUGAAAAUGCACAGUAUGCAUCACAGCUUUCAGAUAAGACAUUUGAAGUGUCUCAACUCCAAGCUUCAAUCGAAGACUACCAGAAGCAUAUAAGUGAAAGUGAAAGCAAAUAUAAGUGUGAGAUUGCUAAAUUGAAGAAUAAAAACCAGGAACUCCAGUUUGCAUUGGAAGAUGCUCAAAAGGACAGAUUAGGUGUGAUCGCCAAGCCACAAACUAGCAGUCAAGCAGCAAGUUGUAAUGGAGAUUUUCUGUCAGAAGGUGGAAGCUUGGUGGGAAGUGAAGAUGCACUUAGUUCCGUAGAUGAUUUGAAUAUUAACGAUCAACUGAGUACAAAAGCUCAUACUUUAGAACAGGAAAAUCAAAAACUUCGUAUGGAAUAUGAAUUGCUUGAAAUGGAGAAUGAAAGCCUUAAACUAGAGAUAAGUAAACACGUAUCCGCCGCCCAGAAGAGGAGAGGGGAGACGCACGACUCGGGCGACUUUAAUAGCUUCAGUGAGACCUCUGUCGACGCGGGCGGCGUGGUGUCGGGGCUGCUGGGCGCGCUGGCGUGCCCGCUGCUGCUGGCGCGCGAGCUGCAGCAGCGCGAGGAGCGCGUGGCGACGCACUUCCGGCGCCGCCUCGCCGCCGCCGCCGCGCGCGCCGACCUGCUGCAGGGCAAGACCGACCACUACCUGCAGGAGUGCGAAAUACUUCGACUACGGUUCGAUGUGAUGGAGCGUGAAAAGGAGGAAGCUGCGCAUACGUUACAAGAAAAACACAACACUAUCAGCAGGCUGGAAGAGGAGCUGCAGUCGACGUCUCGCAACUACGAGCAGCAGCUGGGCGUGCUGACCGAGCACGUGGCCGCGCUCAACGAGCACAUCGCGCGCCAGCACGACCGCCUGCAGCAGCUGCAGCGCUCCAGGGAACGCCGCAAGUAGCGGCGCUCGGCCCUCUGUGGCGCUGCAGCGCUCACGUGACGCCGCGUCGGGCGUCGUUACAGCGCUCGCGGACAUUAAGCUGCCGCUGUAUUGGGUCACGUGUGCCGUACGAUCACCAUUCAUUCGGUCACCCCUCAGUCCACAUUUAAACGAAAGUACGGUCAGCGUGCGCGCACCGGUAAUAUUCCCCGCUAGAUGAUUCUAGUUUGUAACUCUAAACCAUCACUGGUGUAGUGGUAGUCAUUAUACUUCGAAUGGUGUAAUGUGUCGGCAACUACACUGUAAAUCUUAACCUCCAUCGAAGAUGACUUUCGGGUAGCUAGUGGACUUUUUAUCGUUAUGUCAUGGUUUAUCGUCGCAAAGAAUAUUUAAAUUUAUAAACGAAUUAUAAUGCUGCUAUCUCUAAUACUAUCCUAUAGCCAAAAAUCAUCUUUAUUUUCUCAAAAACAAUACAUCUACUGUAUUUAUCCUUCUAUUAUUUUGUUUUAGAUUACAUAGAUAUACGUAUGUCCUUGUUAUUAGCACAGACAUUUUCAAAUGUUUCGUUUAAAAACACAUACACGAAGACCGUUUGAAUCCAUUCAUUUAUUAAAUAUUAGUAAGACGCAGAAUAUUCAGACUUCUUAAAAAAAAAAGUAAAACAGCUAUUUUUUUAAAAUAGGAACAAUAACGAAAGCAAAGGUCAUAUAUAUAUAUUAAACAAAGAUUUAAUAUAAGAAUUAUAGAAAAAAAAAAAUCGUAUGUCCAGUCGUAGAUAAGAUAUUAUAAUAAUUGAAUUGUUCAUGCAUGUACAUAAAGUGAUACGACUAUAUUAUUAAUAUAAAAAGUUAGGUUUAUUGGCACUUUUAUACUUGAAAAUAUAAUAGUGAUUUAAGAUUAUUAUCGAGGAAAUGAAAUGAACUUUAUC